GGUAUAAUGGAUAGGCGAGGAAUGAGGUGGUGUGUUGGAUGCACCGGAUGAGGGAGGAGGUGGGGGGAGCGAAACGGUGGUGGAUGAUAAGGGGGGGGGAAAGGGUUGAGGAGGAAGGGUUGGUGGAUAUGGUGGUAGAGGUGAUAGGGGUGGAGGAGGUCGGCGGGGGGGUGUUGCUGGAGGCGGCUGUGGAGGAGGGAGUGGUCUGCGCUGUGGAGGAGGGAGUGGUCUGCGCUGUGGAGGAGGGAGUGGUCUGCGCUGUGGAGGAGGGAGGUGCGGCCGUGGUAACAACCGUGAUGGAGGGGUUGUUCCCUUUGAGCGUGGUGACGCGGUCGGAUAUGGACGAUAUGGUGGCCUUUAUGACAAUUGCAGAUACACCAUCUUUUGUGUUUUUGUGGGUUGGGGACGGUGAAGGACUGGAUCAAGGUCGACAAUGUCUGCGCAAGUACUUCUCGAAGCUCGACCUCAAGUCCGGAUAUCACCAGAUCGAGAUCCAGCCAAGAGAUCGGUACAGGACCGCAUUCAAGACGCGUUAUGGGCACUUUGAGUGGAUCGUCAUGCCUUUCGGUCUCACCAAUGCCCGGACUACUUUCCAAGCGGCUAUGACGACGGAAUUCCACGACCUGCUCGACCGCACUGUACUCGUUUACCUUGAUGAUAUCUUGGUUUAUAGCCGGUUGCUGGACGAGCACCUUCGUGCCGUUUUGGAGCGUCUCCGUAUCACCAAGUACAAGGCGAACCACGGCAAGUGCAAGUUUGCCCAGCAAGAAUUGGAGUACUUAGGCCAUUACGUUAUGCCGCAAGGCAUUCGUCCGCUCACGGACAAAGUACCAGCCAUUCAAGAUUGGUCGGACCUCAAGUGUACUACCGACGUCCGCUCCUUUUUCGGCUUAGCAUCAUAUUACAUGCGCUUCGUCAAAGGUUUUCAACGGAUCACUGCACCAUUGUCGCGACUUCAGUCCCCCUUGGUGCCCUUCGAGUUCAACGACGAAGCCCGACAUGUGUUCCACACGCUGAAGACGACUUUGCUUCAAGCUCCCGCUUUAAACAUCUAUGACCCGACCUUGCCUACGAAAGUGACUACGGAUACUUCCGGUUACGACAUUGGAGCGGUUUUGGAACAGCAUGACGGCACAGACCGACAUCCGGUUGAGUACUUCAGCCAAAAGGUAUGGCAGAUCCUAUCUAGCCUACUCUACAAUGCCGCUGAUGACGUCAACAGCUCCCCGAAGUACGAGCAGAUCUCGGCCAAUGCCUCAUGCUUCAAGCACCAGACCCGGAUUGCCGCCAUCCUGAGGGAGAGGAAAGAGAAGAAGGAGCUCCUGAAGCAGGCGAAGUUAAAGGCUAUUGCAGAGGAGCAGGCGGCGAAGAAGAAGCAGUUAGAAGAAGAGAUGUUGAGGUUUCAGAAAGAGAAGAUGUUACAGCAAGAGGAAGAAGAGAAGAUUGCAGAGGAAGAAGCAGCAGCAGAAGAGGAGGAAGAAGAAGAAGGAGAGCUCCUUGAAAGAAGGCGUGGGGAAGAGAGAGGAGAAGUCAAUGGCACGGAGGAGGAGGACAAAUGGAGGGAGAAGAAGAUCAGUGAAUGGGUGGCUAAUUUAUCGUUGGGAGAAGAUGAAGAGGCACAAUUAUAUGUGCCGCAGGAGGAGAGGGAGGCGUUUGCCAGGGCACUGGAGUUGAUAGAGGAUCCCCUGGAAUGCCAAGCGACAGAGGAUGAGAAAAAGUUGGAGUGGAAGUUGAAGAUGAUGAGGGAGAAGAAGAGGAGGGAGGAAGCCAGCAGAAUAGCCGGGGAGGUUGAGCGAGUGCGAACUGGCAGGCAGGAGUUGCAGGCCCAAACAGAGGUCUCUGCCAAGCUAGACAAGAUGAUGGGCUUCCUGGAAGUCUUGAGUGAGGCCUGGCUGGAGGAGCACCAGGCCUGUAAGGGUCAAGAGGUGACCCUGCAAGCAAUGAGAUCCGGGCUCAGGGAGUUUGUGAGCGACGUGGUGGGCCACGUCGGGUCUGAAAUUAGAAGAUUGAGGGAUGGCUUAGACAACUUCUGCGCCGGCGCUAUUGAGACCGCCAAAGUUGUGGCCACAACAGAGGCCAUGGCGCGUCCCCGCAAAGAGCUUGUCAAAAAGGAGCAGUUAGAGGACCAGGUCUUUGUAGUAUACGUCAGACCUGUAACUGAGCCUAAAGAAGAGGAUAGUUCCACGGAUCCCGCCAUUGCCAAGCUGCUGGAAGAGUUUAAAGACUUAGCUGAGUCGCCGACAGGAGUAGUGUCGCGACCGAUCCAGCACACGAUAGAGAUAGGGUCUGGCAGUAGAACUCCUAAGGGAGCCGUCUACAGGAUUUCCCCUAGAGAUUUAGAGGAGUUGCGCAAGAAGUUGGACAAGCUCCUUGAAAAAGGUUGGAUUAGGCCCAGUUCGUCUUUUUUUGGAGCACCAGUUUUGUUUGUCCCCAACAAGGAAGGAGAAUUGCGCUUGUGUAUAGACUAUAGGGGUAUGAAUGAGAUUACCGUUAAGAAUGUUGAACCACUGCCCAGGAUAGACGAUCUCUUAGAUCGGGUGCAGGGUUGUAAGUAUUUUUCAAAGAUAGAUUUGAAGUUCGGAUAUCAUCAGAUAGAGGUCCAUCCUAAUGACCAGUACAAGACAACGUUCCAGACUCGUUAUGGGCAUUAUGAGUUCAUAGUGAUGCCCUUUGGACUGACCAAUGCGCCAGCUACAUUUCAGCAAUGUAUGAGUGAUCUGUUUAGGCCUUGGUUAGACAGUUUCGUCGUAGUAUAUUUAGACGACAUCUUAGUCUUCAGUAGGACCCUCCAAGAGCACCAGGGUCAUUUGAGGCAGGUCUUGGAGAAGCUAAGAGAAGAUAACUUCAAGAUCAAUGCGAAGAAGUGCGAGUGGGCCAAGACACAAGUCCUGUACUUGGGCCACGUGUUAGACGGAGAUGGCAUUAAGCCUGAGGACAGUAAGAUAGCGGCAAUCUGGGAGUGGGAUAAGGACUGUACGUUUGCGCUAAAGAAGUUAAAGCGCGCGUUAAUCGAGUACCCUGUCCUCAAAGUAGCAGAUCCAUCUUUGUCGUUUGUCGUCACUACGGAUGCGAGUCAGUAUGGUAUAGGCGUCGUGUUUCAGCAAGACGAUGGCAAUGGCUACGGACCUGUAGAGUUCAUGUCAGCGAGGAUGCCCUCAGAGAAGGUUGCUACCUCGACGUACGAAAGAGAACUCUACGCUCUCAGGCAGGCUUUAGAGCACUGGAAGCAUUUCUUGCUUGGGAGGCACUUCAAGGCGCCCAACCUCCAGCAACGAUGUUCAGCUGUGGAGUUUGGCUUCUGCCACCUUGAGUCUUCAAGCGUAACUGCUGCAGUACCACAAGCGUCAACAGAUAGGGACAAGGGGAGGGCGAAGGUAUCCUCUAGGAGGGAAUUGGCUGCCUUUGCAGAUGGGGGGGAAGAAGGGGGUCUGUUCCAGGUUGGGGCCGAGAAGGAGGUUAAGAAGUUGGCCUUAUUGGAGGAGCAGUCGACGAAGAAGAGGGAGCUGGAAGAAGAGAUGAAGCUAUUGUUGAAAGAGCAAGAAGAAAAGACAGCAGCAGUCGAGAAGGAAGAAGAAGAUGACGAAGAAGAAGAGGUGCCAGAGGCUUCGUUAGAAAGAAUGACAAGAGGAGUUAUAGAAGAAAGAGGGGAGUCUAGUGGCAGUGCAUUGGAAGUAGAAGUUGGGAAAAUGGUUGGGGAAUGGGCAUCUAAAAUGGAAAUAGGGGAAGAACGAGAGGCGGAAUUGUUGGUUCCCCAGGCGGAGAGGGAGGCGGGACAGAGAGAGUUGGAAGCGUAUGAAAGCCCAUUGCAGAAGAAGGCGUCGGAGCAGGAGAAAAUGUUAGAAUGGAAGUUGCGCCUUGCGACGGAAAAGAAAAUAAGGUUGCAGGCGGCGGAGGAAGAAAAGAAGUUGAGAGUUGCAGAAGAGAGUUUAGGUAACCUGCCUAAAGAGGCAGGCAUUAACCAAAAGUCUGACACAAUAACCCAGACCAUGACUGCUGUGCUUAAAGCUCAGCAGGAUCAGGUCAAACAUAUUAAGGGGCAUGAUCUUGCUAUUGAGUCCAUCCGUUUAGGCUUCAAGGACUUUGUGCAGAAAAUGAUGGUGCACAUGAGCACGGAGUUCCAUAGUAUAAUGUAGGGGACACAAAAAUACUGCGCGGGUGCCAUAGAAGG